AACUUAUUAAAUAGAGUUGACUGUAACUGGUAGCUUAGAUAAAUUAAAUCAAGUUUGGCGAAGUGAGAUGUCGUACAAAUGUGGGUGCUAUGCGUAUCUGAAUCUGUACCUGGAGAAGUAUGGCUACCACUUUCGAUACUUCAACCACUCCCAAUUCCUUCAAGACUACCAACAGAUGCUUUCAGAGAAGUACAACAACGACGAAAUUAAUGAGAUCUCACAACAAAUCAAAGCCUUGCAAGACAGUAAGAAGCAAGAGGAUUCAAAGGCCUAUGAAAGACUGCAACACAUCAGAAAGCUAUACAAACCACUUCACAAGAAUAUUUAUACGUUCGAUGAAUGUUUCCUGGAAAAUUCGUUCAAAUCUCUGGUGGCCGCAUGUAAAAAGGGCGAUAGAGAUUUGAUCGACGCGACUCGAUAUCCGAACGAAGAAGUGAAAGUGUUCACCUUUCGAGUGUUCACGAAAGAUUUCAUUAAUUUGUUCUUGGAGGAAAUUAAUCACAUUUCAAACUAUGAUGGGAUCGUUCUGGGAAGACCGAACUCUAUGAACCACAACGGCGUGUUAAUGAAGGAGUUGGGCAUGGAUGAGAUGCUGACAGUGCUGAGAGAAGAGUAUCUGCAGCCCAUAGUGGACACAGUCUUCUCUGACACCAUAGGUGAAUGUGAGUCGCAUAGGGGCUUCACAGUGAAGUACAGUUUCGACGGGACAGUGUUUGACGGAAGUGGGGACAAACAGCUGGGCAAACACUACGACAACGCAGAGGUCACUCUCAAUGUAUGCAUGCAGGCAGACCAGGUCCAGGGAUCCAAUCUGGUGUUCAUGGGCAUGGCCAAUGACGAGGACUGUGACAGGGAGAGAAUCCACUUGGAGCACGAGGUGGGAAUGGGCAUUCUGCAUCUGGGCCAGCUGAAGCACUACGUCACCCCCAUCGAACAGGGAAUCAGAACAAACCUCGUGUUAUGGCUCAGAAGCAGUGCGGUUCGGAACAAAGUUUGUCCGAUGUGCUGGGACUCUCCAGAGAUUGUGGCCACGAAAUGUAUGGACGACGGAUUUCGGCCAUAGUUGAUCAUUGCCAGUUGAAGCAACAAACACUUAUAACGGAAAGCAGUUGUAUCUGUACAGAUAAUAUAGUUAAUGAUAAUUAGUUUUAAUAUUUAGCAAGGUUUCCAUUUAGAUAUGAAUUGCAUUUUCUCUGUUGGAUGAAUUGAACAAAUUAUUUUGUUUUAUCUAAAUAUUUGGAAGUUUAGUACACAGUAAUUGAAUUAGUUAGUUA